AUGCCCCUCACCCUCUUUGGUAUUUUCGACGGCCACGGCGGCGACAAGGCAUCGCAAUUUUGUGCCGACUGGAUAUCGGCCUACAUUCGCAACGACGAAGCCUAUCCCUACGAUCUCGGCUACGCCAUGAAGAACGCCUUUACCUCCAUCGACGACGAUUUCGUCCGCUCGGGACAGACGGAUGGAUCCACCGCCUGCGCCGUGACUAUGGUGGGCGGCCGACGAAUCGUCUGCGCGAAUGCGGGAGAUUCGCGCGCCAUUGUGGUACGCAAAGACGGCUCGGUGGUGCGCCUAAGUCGCGAUCACAAACCAGGCAUGCCGGACGAAACACGCCGGAUCUCGGAUCUGGGCGGCCGCGUCAUCUACUGGGGAAGGUGGCGGGUCGAGGGACUCUUGGCCGUAUCGCGCAGUGUCGGGGACGCUUCUCUCAAGCCCUACAUUACUGCCGAACCAGAAAUCUGCGAAUACGAUACCGGCAAGGACGAUUGGUUUCUAAUAGUAUCCAGUGAUGGUGUUUGGGAUGUCAUGGACAAUGAGGAAGCCGCCCACGUGGUUAUUGCCUCCUCCUUUGCCAUGGAAGACGGAGAGCUCCACAUUGACACGGAUCGCUUCAAAUGGGCGGCGCGUAAUCUGUGUGAGCACGCACGUUCCUGUGGAUCCUCCGACAACUUCUCAGUCCUAGUGGUG